AUGAGCGCCCACACAACUUACUCUUACCAAGAACCACCAUCUCCUCAAUCCAUGACCCAACCUGAGGUUAGCUUUAUCCGGUCCGCCGAAGGAUUCCCCCGCUCUGCCCUUGACAGAGCUGCUACUGCCAAGCUGCGUUUGGAACAUAAUUACAAAGCUCAGUUGCAGCAAGCAAUUGAGCGAAACCAAAGACGCUCUGAAAUCGAACAAAGAUUGAUGAAUGAGCAAUGUAGCGAUGAGAAGAAAAACAGACAACUUCAAUCACUAGGAAGAAAAGAAUCUCAAUUCCUUCGAUUGCGCCGCACACGCAUGGGUCUUGAUGACUUUGUCACUGUCAAAGUGAUUGGCAAGGGUGCUUUUGGCGAGGUCAGACUUGUACAAGCAGGAGAUACCGGAAAAAUAUAUGCCAUGAAGACAUUAAAAAAAUCAGAGAUGUUGAAAAAGGAUCAGUUGGCUCACGUCAAGGCUGAGCGUGAUGUCCUUGCCGAGUCAGACUCUCCAUGGGUCGUCCAGCUUUAUUUCUCUUUCCAAGACCCCCAGUACCUUUAUCUGAUCAUGGAGUUCUUACCAGGAGGUGAUUUGAUGACUAUGUUGAUCAAAUACGACACCUUUAGUGAACCUGUCACUCGAUUCUACAUUGCCGAGAUUGUUUUGGCUCUCGAAACAAUCCACAAACUCGGAUUCAUUCACAGAGAUAUUAAGCCUGAUAAUAUCUUGAUUGACAAAGAUGGUCAUGUCAAGCUUUCCGAUUUUGGUCUCUCAACCGGUUUCCACAAAACUCACGAUUCUCAAUAUUACCAAAGACUAUUGGAAGGUGCCCAAAACAACGGUGGCACUGAAAGUAUCAAUCUCAAUAUCCUAAGCACUAAAGAAAAGAUUGCUACAUGGAAAAAAAACAGACGUGCAUUGGCAUACUCAACAGUUGGUACGCCCGAUUAUAUUGCACCCGAAAUCUUCUUGCAGCGUGGAUAUGGACAAGAAUGCGACUGGUGGUCUUUGGGAGCAAUUAUGUUUGAGUGCCUGUGUGGUUACCCACCUUUCUGCUCAGAGAACCCACACGAAACCUACCGAAAGAUUAUGAACUGGCGCGAUACUCUUCAGUUCCCAGAAGACCAACCUAUCAGCCGUGAAGCAGAGGACCUUAUCCGAAGGCUCAUUUGCGAUCCAGAACAUCGUAUCGGUCGCAAUGGUGCUAAUGAGACAAAAUCACAUCCUUUCUUCUAUGGUGUAAAUUGGGAUACAAUUCGGUCAGAACCUUCUCCUCAUGUUCCUCAACUCAAGAGCAUUACCGACACAAGCUACUUCCCAACAGAAGAGCUUGAGAAUGUGCCCGAAGUGGUUGACAAUAAUCCUAGAUACCAUACAGAUGCUGUGAAUGCUCAAAAGGAUCUUGCCUUUGUUGGAUACACUUACAAACGAUUCGAUUAUUUGACAAAAAAGAAUAUCUUGUAG